UGCACCCGCUUCCGGGCCCGGGCGCCAUUUCUAGCGGUUGCGGGUUCUCACGAGUUGUAGUCAGCGGGGACAAUGAGCUAUGAUUACCAUCAGAACUGGGGCCGGGAUGGUGGGCCCCGCAACUCCGGCGGGGGCUAUGGAGGAAGCUAUGGGGCGGGCCAUGGAGGAGGUCAUGGAGGGAACCGAGGCUCCGGAGGCGGCGGCGGCGGAGGAGGAGGAGGUGGUGGUCGAGGCGGCAGAGGCCGACAUCCUGGGCACCUGAAAGGCCGCGAAAUCGGCUUGUGGUAUGCAAAGAAACAGGGACAGAAGAACAAGGAGGCGGAGAGGCAAGAGAGAGCUGUAGUACACAUGGAUGAACGGCGAGAAGAACAGAUUGUGCAGCUGCUGCAUUCAGUCCAGGCAAAGAAUGGUAAAGACGCAGAAGCACAGAUCUCCUGGUUUGCUCCUGAAGAUCACGGAUAUGGUACUGAAUCUCCUACUGAGAACAAACCCAACUCAGAGAAGAAACUUGAAAACCAGGAAAAGAAAUUGAUAAGUCAAGAAAAGAGAACAUUUAGAAUCAGGGACAAAUAUAUUGAUCGAGAUUCUGAAUAUCUCUUGCAAGAAAAUGAACCAGAUGUAACUUUAGACCAACAACUCUUGGAAGAUUUACGAAAGAAAAAAAGUGACCUUCGGUAUAUCGAAAUGCAGCAUUUCAGGGAAAAGCUGCCUUCAUAUGGAAUGCAAAAGGAAUUGGUAAAUAUGAUUGAUAACCAUCAAGUAACAGUAAUAAGUGGUGAAACUGGAUGUGGAAAAACUACUCAAGUUACUCAGUUCAUUUUGGAUAACUACAUUGAAAGAGGGAAAGGAUCUGCAUGCAGGAUAGUUUGUACACAGCCAAGAAGAAUUAGUGCCAUUUCAGUCGCAGAGAGAGUGGCUGCAGAAAGGGCAGAAUCUUGUGGCAAUGGUAACAGUACUGGAUACCAGAUUCGUCUUCAGAGUCGGUUGCCAAGGAAACAGGGUUCUAUCUUAUACUGCACAACAGGAAUCAUUCUGCAGUGGCUCCAGUCAGACUCGCAUUUGUCCAGCGUUAGUCAUAUUGUGCUUGAUGAAAUCCAUGAGAGAAAUCUACAGUCAGAUGUUUUAAUGACGGUUAUUAAAGAUCUUCUCAGUUUUCGACCUGACCUGAAAGUGAUAUUGAUGAGUGCGACUUUAAAUGCUGAGAAAUUUUCAGAAUAUUUCGGUAACUGUCCAAUGAUACACAUACCUGGUUUUACUUUCCCGGUUGUGGAGUAUCUUUUGGAAGAUAUAAUUGAAAAAAUAAGAUAUGUUCCAGAACAAAAAGAACACAGGUCUCAGUUUAAGAGGGGUUUCAUGCAAGGGCAUGUAAAUAGACAGGAAAAAGAAGAAAAAGAAGCAAUCUAUAAAGAACGCUGGCCAGAUUAUGUAAGGGAACUGCGAAAAAGGUAUUCUGCAAGUACCGUAGAUGUUCUGGAAAUGAUGGAUGAUGAUAAAGUUGAUCUGAAUUUGAUUGCUGCCCUCAUUCGACACAUUGUUUUAGAAGAAGAGGAUGGUGCAAUAUUGGUCUUUCUACCAGGCUGGGACAAUAUCAGCACUUUACAUGAUCUCUUGAUGUCACAAGUGAUGUUUAAAUCAGACAGGUUUCUUAUUAUACCCCUACAUUCACUGAUGCCUACAGUUAACCAGACACAGGUAUUUAAAAGAACCCCUCCUGGUGUUCGGAAAAUAGUAAUUGCUACCAAUAUUGCAGAGACUAGCAUUACCAUAGAUGAUGUCGUUUAUGUGAUAGAUGGAGGAAAAAUAAAAGAAACACACUUUGACACACAGAACAACAUCAGUACAAUGUCUGCUGAGUGGGUUAGUAAAGCUAAUGCCAAACAAAGGAAAGGUCGAGCUGGAAGAGUUCAACCUGGUCAUUGCUAUCAUCUGUAUAAUGGUCUUAGAGCAAGCCUUCUGGAUGACUAUCAGCUACCAGAAAUUUUGAGAACUCCUUUGGAAGAACUUUGUUUACAAAUAAAGAUUUUAAGGCUAGGUGGAAUUGCUUAUUUUCUGAGUAGGUUAAUGGAUCCACCAUCAGAUGAAGCAGUGUCACUCUCCAUAAAACACCUGAUGGAACUGAACGCUUUGGAUAAACAAGAAGAAUUGACACCCCUUGGAGUCCACUUAGCACGAUUACCAGUUGAGCCACACAUCGGGAAGAUGAUUCUUUUUGGAGCUCUGUUCUGUUGUUUAGAUCCAGUACUUACCAUUGCUGCUAGUCUCAGCUUCAAAGAUCCCUUUGUCAUUCCAUUGGGCAAAGAAAAGAUUGCAGAUGCAAGAAGAAAAGAAUUGGCAAAAGAUACUAAAAGUGACCACCUGACAGUUGUAAAUGCAUUUGAGGGCUGGGAAGAAGCUAGGCGACGUGGUUUCAGAUAUGAAAAAGACUACUGCUGGGAAUAUUUUUUGUCUUCAAACACAUUGCAGAUGCUGCAUAACAUGAAAGGACAGUUUGCUGAGCAUCUUCUUGGAGCUGGAUUUGUAAGCAGUAGAAAUCCUAAAGAUCCAAAAUCUAAUAUAAAUUCAGAUAAUGAGAAGAUAAUUAAAGCUGUCAUUUGUGCUGGUUUAUAUCCCAAAGUUGCUAAAAUCCGACUAAAUUUGGGUAAAAAAAGGAAAAUGGUCAAAGUUUACACAAAAACUGAUGGACUAGUUGCUAUUCAUCCUAAAUCUGUUAAUGUGGAGCAAACAGAAUUUCACUACAACUGGCUUAUCUAUCAUCUGAAGAUGAGAACAAGUAGUAUUUACUUAUAUGACUGCACAGAAGUUUCCCCAUAUUGUCUCUUAUUCUUUGGAGGUGAUAUUUCCAUCCAGAAGGAUAAUGAUCAGGAAACUAUUGCUGUAGAUGAAUGGAUUGUCUUUCAGUCUCCAGCAAGAAUUGCCCAUCUUGUUAAGGAAUUAAGAAAGGAGCUAGAUAUCCUUCUGCAAGAGAAGAUCGAAAGUCCUCAUCCUGUAGAUUGGAAAGACACUAAAUCCAGAGACUGUGCUGUACUGUCAGCUAUCAUAGACUUGAUCAAAACACAGGAAAAAGCAAGUCCCAGGAACUUACCGCCACGAUUCCAGGAUGGAUAUUACAGCUGACAACUUUUCUGUGGUGGUCUGAAAAUUUGAUAGCCAUUUUCCAUCAUAGUUUAAUUUUUGGCUAGAUGCCAAACCAUGGGACAUGAAUAAUUUCCAUAUGUAAAGUAGAAACCUUUAGUGGGUAGUAAAGACGUAAUGUGCAUGAUUUAAAAAUGUUAUCUGUAGCUAUUAUAAAUGUACCAUAAAAAGCAAUAUGUUCUCUCAUCAUAUAUUCUGUUGUGGUCAUGGCCACACUUUGGGAGGACUAUUCUGCUAUAUAUUGAGUUGUACCACUUGAGAAAUUCCUUUGUUCUGUUACGAGAAAUUAAUCUUUCUGCCUGUAGUGACUGAUUAUGGAAACCAGGAAAAAGAAUGGCAAGAAGCAGUGUCAAGAAUUUGAACACAACCACAUUUUUAAAGGAAACUUCUCAGAAUUAAUUUGUUGUAAUAAAGCCCAGUAUUUAAUAAAAUGUACAGUGUAUAAAUCUCA